ACGUACACCAGCCUGAAGAAAUUAAAAUCAAGCCCCCUUAAAAGAGACUUUUCCGUCCCUUUUUUCACCCGGUUAUUUUUUGCAACGAUCUGAAUAACAGAAUUUUCAACUUUACGUUAAGGGAGCUUUACACAUUUUUCGUAUCCCCGGUAGUGAUACCUUUGCCCGUAUCUCAAUUGACAAUCGCAUUCUCGAGUUAUUCGAACGUUGAAUAAACAGCGUGAAAAGUGCGGCAUGUUUAAACUCCUUUUUGCCGAGUGCCUUUUGUUUUUUGGCCGGAAUAGUGCAAUCGUGAAAGAUUUUUUUCGAACAUGAAUCUGGACGGGAAUCGUUGAACUCUAAAAUUUCGUGCAAUUUCAAGCCAUCGUAACGCGAGGGAACGACUCGACGAUUCUAUGUUGGACUCGUCGUAACGCAUGUUUAUAACUCGUAAAUAAAAAAAUGGACCAGGGAAAAGUUUUUACAUGAUUUCUAUGAGAGAAUCUUUUUGGAUAAAAGUCACGAGGAAUCAGGAGAUGUUUUUUGACAAUUUUUUAUCUACCGUUUGUAUCUAAAGUUUUUGGACAUGUGCACAACGUAGUCGAAUGAAAACUGAUAGUUUGAACCGUCGCACCAAAGAAUACAUUCUACAAGAAGAAAAAUCGGAAUCGCUCGCAGGAAUAAACUGAAUGAAAAAAAUGAGAAAAUUCUAAGAAAACGAGCUCUGCACAAGAUUAACUCGGCGAGAUGAAAGGAUUUCGUCAAAGAAGUUUCGAGGGUAUAAAGUUUGAUAUAACAUGAGUGGCAACAAUAAAAAGCCCACGGGCGUCAAAGACGACAAAAAAACUUCGUCGAGUAAAGAGGAAAGUCCUGCGGGGGGAAAAGACGAUGGAGGAUCAGGGUCAACGGGAGGGAGCAAUGGAGCUGCGAGUGUCGAACCUUCACAACCCGGAAGUAAGCCAGGAUCGGCAGGAGCAACCGCCAGAGAAGGGGCCCAAAGGCUCCUCGGUCUGGCGAGUCGUGGCGAAUGGGCCCCUUGCGAUGCGCUGCUCAAAACUUUGGAAAAAAGUGUGCAAAGCGCGGGCGAAGAUGGGUUCACGACGCCUCUGGCUGGUGUCAUGGAUCCGACCACCGGAAUGUCGCCCUUGAUGUACGCUGUCAAAGAUAACAGAACAGCGUUUCUGGAUCGCAUGAUUGAUCUUGGGGCCGAUGUAGGAGCUCGAAACAACGACAAUUACAAUGCUCUCCACAUAUCAGCGAUGUACUCGAGGGAAGACGUCGUCAAAUUGCUGCUCGCGAAAAAAGGAGUCGAUCCGUACGCCACUGGUGGACCAAGACAACAAACUGCCGUUCAUCUCGUGGCGUCGAGACAAACGGGUACGGCGACUUCGAUACUGCGAGCAUUGUUGGCUGCCGCCGGACGGGACAUCCGCCUCAAAGUUGACGGCAAGGGAAAAAUCCCUCUACUGUUGGCCGUGGAGGCGGGUAACCAGUCAAUGUGUCGCGAACUUUUGUCUCAACAAGCAACAGACCAACUUCGUGCGACCACACCAGCAGGAGACACUGCUCUACAUCUUGCCGCAAGGAGACGAGACGUCGACAUGGUUCGAAUCCUCGUCGAUUACGGUGCCUCCGUGGACAUGCAAAACGGCGAAGGACAAACACCGCUGCAUAUAGCGAGUGCGGAAGGUGACGAGGGUCUAGUGAAAUAUUUUUACGGUGUAAGAGCUUCAGCUUCAAUCGCCGAUCAUCAGGAUCGAACGCCGAUGCACUUGGCCGCCGAAAACGGGCACGCUUCGGUGAUCGAAUUAUUGGCGGAUAAAUUCAAAGCUAGUAUUUUCGAGAGAACGAAAGACGGGUCCACGCUCAUGCAUAUCGCAUCUCUCAACGGGCACUCGGAGUGUGCUACGAUGCUCUUCAAAAAGGGCGUUUAUCUCCACAUGCCAAAUAAAAGGGGCGCUAGAUCAAUCCACACAGCAGCCAGAUACGGUCACGUGGGAAUCAUCAGUACGCUCCUUCAGCGCGGAGAAAAGGUCGACGCAACGACGAAUGACAAUUACACGGCACUGCAUAUAGCCGUGGAAAGUGCUAAGCCCGCGGUGGUUGAGACACUUUUAGGAUACGGAGCCGAGGUUCACGUUAGGGGUGGUAAAAUGCGGGAGACGCCGCUUCACAUAGCCGCAAGAGUGCCCGAUGGGGACAGGUGUGCUCUGAUGUUAUUGAAAUCGGGGGCUGGUCCCAAUCUCACGACCGAUGAUGGACAGACACCGGUCCACGUUGCUGCGAGUCAUGGCAACUUGGCUACGCUCUUGUUGCUCCUCGAGGACGGCGGUGAUCCGAUGUACAAAUCGAAGAACGGCGAGACACCCCUUCACUUGGCAUGUCGAGGAUGCCGAGCAGCAGUAGUUCCGCACCUGAUACAGUUCGUGAAAGAAAAAAAAGGUACGGAAGUAGCGACGGCGUACGUGAACAGUGUGACGAACGAGGGUGCGAGUGCGCUUCAUUACGCGGCGCAAAUUGACCCCGCGGAAGUAACAGUGCCUGGUGACGAUCGUGCGGUAGUGCGAGCUUUGCUCGAAGGCGGUGCUGACGUUUCGUUGCAAACGAGGCAGGCGCAAGAAUCUGCGUUUCAUUACUGCGCGUUGGCCGGUAACAACGAGGUUUUAUCCGAAAUGAUAAGUCACAUGUCGGCGACCGAUGUGCAAAAAGCGUUGAAUAGACAAAGCGCUGUUGGCUGGACGCCGCUGCUGAUAGCAGCCCAUCGCGGACACAUGGAGCUCGUCACUAAUCUUUUAGCUAAUCAUGCUCGAGUCGACGUAUUCGAUUUGGAAGGUAGGUCGGCCCUUCACCUUGCCGCUGAACAUGGCUAUCUCCAGGUCUGCGACGCUCUGCUAGCCAGCAAGGCCUUCAUCAACUCCAAGUCCCGGGUUGGUCGUACCGCGCUUCACCUCGCCGCCAUGAACGGUUACACCCACCUCGUCAGGUUUCUCGUCCAAGAUCACAGCGCUGCCAUCGACGUUCUUACUCUGCGAAAACAAACGCCCCUCCACUUGGCGGCGGGCUCAGGACAGUUGGAAGUCUGUAAAUUGCUGCUCGAAUUGGGCGCGAGUAUCGACGCGACUGAUGAUCAAGGACAGAAACCCAUUCACGCCGCUGCCAUGAACAAUUAUUCGGAAGUGGCUCAACUCUUCUUGCAAAGGCAUCCGAGCCUCGUGAUGGCCUGCACCAAAGAUGGCAACACUUGCGCUCACAUCGCCGCGAUGCAAGGCAGCGUCAGAGUCAUCGAGGAACUUAUGAAAUUCGAUCGUCAAGGCGUCAUCACUGCGAGGAACAAACUCACCGAAGCUACUCCCCUUCAACUCGCCGCCGAAGGCGGCCACGCCGAAGUCGUCCGAGCCCUUGUCAGGGCUGGUGCCUCUUGCGCGGAUGAAAACAGGGCUGGCUUCACCGCUGUUCAUCUCGCAGCUCAACAUGGACACGGACAAGUUCUCGAAGUCAUGAGAUCCUCUCAAUCACUCAGAAUCUCUAGCAAAAAACUCGGCGUUACGGCUCUACACGUUGCAGCGUACUUUGGUCAAGCCGACACGGUACGAGAAUUACUGACCCACGUGCCCGGAACUGUAAAGUCUGAUCCACCGACCGGUGGUUCGUUGGUCGGUGAAUUGGGCACGGAAUCUGGAAUGACGCCUCUCCAUCUCGCUGCUUAUUCCGGCAACGAAAACGUCGUUCGAUUGUUGUUGAAUUCAGCCGGUGUUCAGGUCGAAGCAGCGACAACGGAAAACGGUUUCAACCCUCUGCAUCUCGCAUGUUUCGGCGGUCACAUAACCGUCGUCGGAUUGCUCUUAAGCAGAUCAGCCGAGCUGUUGCACAGUGCGGAUCGUUACGGAAAAACUGGGUUGCACAUUGCCGCGACCCAUGGCCACUACCAGAUGGUCGAGGUCCUACUGGGUCAGGGCGCGGAGAUAAACGCGAUCGACAAAAACGGUUGGACGCCACUGCAUUGCGCAGCACGCGCCGGUUAUCUCGAAGUCGUGAAGCUUCUCGUCGAGAGUGGCGCCUCGCCUAAAAGUGAAACGAAUCUUGGGAGUGCGCCCAUAUGGUUCGCAGCUUCGGAAGGCCACAAUGACGUUCUCAAAUACCUCAUGGAGAAGGAGCACGAUACGUAUGCACUCAUGGAAGACAGAAGAUUCGUUUACAACAUGAUGGUGUGCAGCAAAAGUCACAACAAUAAGCCGAUUGAAGAAUUCGUGCUGGUGUCACCGGCACCGGUCGAUACAGCGGCCAAACUGUCCAACAUUUAUAUGAAGCUUUCUGAGAAAGAGAAGGAAAGAGCGAAGGAUUUGAUAGCGGCGGGUAAGCAGUGCGAAGGGAUGGCAACGGAGUUGUUGGCAUUGGCUGCUGGAGCGGAUUCAGCUGGGAGAAUUUUGACCUCGAUGGAUCGGCGGAACGUCGAAUUCCUGGACGUCUUGAUAGAAAAUGAGCAGAAAGAAGUGAUCGCGCACACAGUCGUGCAACGUUAUCUUCAGGAACUUUGGCAGGGGAGCCUGAAUUGGAACGCCUUUCGUACGAUGUUGCUCUUCAUAGCAUUCAUCAUAAACCCUCUGGUUUGGAUCGCGUUUGCUCUGCCACUUGGUCACAAGUACAACAACGUGCCGAUCAUAAAGUUCAUGUCGUAUCUCACCUCGCACAUCUAUCUUAUGGUGUUUCUACUGCUGGUCGGUAUAACGCCGAUUUAUCCAGCGUUUCGUUACAACCUCAAUCCGUAUUGGUACGAGUGGUGUUUGCUGGUGAUGCUGUCAGGGCUGCUGCUCUUCGAGCUCACAAACCCGAGUGACAAGAGCGGCCUCGGCUGGAUAAAACUGGCAGUUUUACUCUUCGGCAUCUUCGGUGUUGCCUUCCAUCUCAUCUGCUACGUCUGGAUCAAUCGGGAAUAUUGGCCGACGCUUAUCUACCUCAGGAACCAACUGUUCGCCCUCAGCUUCCUUCUCGCCUGCGUUCAAAUACUCGACUUCUUAUCUUUCCACCAUCUCUUCGGACCGUGGGCCAUCAUCAUCGGCAAUCUCAUGAAAGAUCUUGCUCGAUUUCUCGCCGUGUUGGCCAUCUUCGUCUUUGGAUUCUCCAUGCACUUCGUCGCUCUCAAUCAAGCCUUCAAAAAUGGCGUCGACCAACUCGACCGUGGAACGGGCAAGAACAAGGCUUUUUCCGAUGAUUUGUUGGCCAAUUAUACGGAGUGGAUAAAGACGCCACCGCCGGCGGUUCAACGACGCUAUGGACGAUACAAGAAAAAGAAUGAGUGUUGUGACGAUAGCGCCCGAGAUUUAAAGAUGAAUCCCGUUCUCGCCUUCGAGUAUCUAUUCUUCGCUGUCUUUGGCCAAACUACCCACAGCGAGCUCAAAGUCGAGACCAUGCAGCCCGAAUGGACCUCGGUCCUCUUUAAACUCGCUUUUGGAGUUUAUAUGUUGGUCUCAGUAGUGGUGUUAAUUAAUCUGCUUAUCGCCAUGAUGAGCGACACCUACCAGAGGAUUCAGGCACAGUCUGACAUUGAAUGGAAAUACGGACUCAGUAAACUGAUCCGAAACAUGCACAGAACGACAACCGCGCCAUCGCCGCUCAAUCUAAUGACAACUUGGAUCGUCUACUUCAUCAAAUUGUGUAAGCAACGAGCUGCCAAAAGAAAGCGACCGUCGCUGGUCCACAUGAUGGGCCUCCAGCGGACCGGACGUUUGUCACCGCGUUCGAAAAUGGGCGCUAAAUGGUUGGCUCGAGUGAAGAAGGGGCAAGUGCGUCCCAAGGACAGCGUGACUCUGUCGGUCGUACAUUUGAGUCCGUUGGGCAGCCAAUUGUCGUUCAACAGCGCACUCAGAAUCGAGAGCGUCGUCGACUGGGACUCGAUUAGAAAAAAAUAUUUAAUUUUGACGGGAAACGAACCGGAAAAGGAGCCCGAUAAGGACGAGAAAGAGGACGAUAACGAUAACGAAGACGAGAUGGGAGCUGGGCCGACAGCCUCCAACGCAUCGACGGUUCCAGCGACCGCAUCGACUCCUCCAGUUUGAUUGAACUCUUUUUCGAGCUAAAUAACUAGACUUAAGGACGCAGAGGAAAGAAAAAAAAGAGGGAAAACGAAAAAACUUGUGUUCAAAAUACAAAAUUCAAGAAAAACUUUAUUCGCAUAUGUUAGAAAUGCUUGAACGAUCCUCGAGGCGAAAAAAAGUGCAAAAUCUGGAGAUGAUAGAAUGUGGAAUCGUCGCGUCGCGAGGAAGAAACCUGAACAAGGAAGACUAAAAAAAGAUAUUGUGCCAGAGCUUUGUAAUGUGAGAUUGGUGAGAAGAUUCGCCAAUUCCCGAAACCAGUAGAGUUAUCAUAUGUAAGUAAUCGAUUAACAUUAUUGGGAGGAAACUUGACGGAAUAAAUCAAGUGUUUCGUGGACUUUGAUCGUUAUGACGAAUUGUAUUUUUACGCUAUUUUUGUAAUAGAUUUUAAGCAACACGGGCUCGUACAAAUUUUACAGCCUCGGAAGCAUGCGAUGCGAUUUUGUAUUUUUUUUUUUUGGAAAAUGUAUUUUGCAUUUUUUCAAAGAACAACGUUUUUUGUACAUUUUUUCAUAGAAAGUAUGGAGAUGGACGAUAUUGAAAGGAGAAUCAUUGACGCAAUGGCGAUUCGUCUCUAGAGAGAAAUUAAAAAAUUAAUCAUUCGCUUUAACUGCGACAAAAGUGUGUUCGAGAUCGUCCAUCACUGAUUAAAUUUAUGGUCGCAAGAUCGCCUGAGCUUCGAAAAAUCAUUAUCGCAAGCGAAUGCAUUUGUCGAACGUGUAGCACGUUGAAACCAUUCGUGAGUGAGAUUAGUUUUAAUUCGGAUCAAUAGAAUUAGAAAUGAACGAUAUUGCAGAGGAAAACAUUCGAAAAGUUCACUCCUUGGUGUAUCCAAUGUUUUCCCUCUUUAUUUCUCGUCACAGACGAGACAGCGGAAGAUGCAUGUGCGCAGGGAAUCGAAAAAAUGAAAGAAUCCGGGACGAAAAUGACGCAAGUACCUGAGAAACUUGAGCACUGUAUCAAAAUUGCGAAACGGAAUGAAACGGGAAAGGAGCUGUGCAUCCGAAUGUUCUUUUUUGUGUCACGACAUAGACCUGGCCUCAUAGAAAUUAGAUAUGAACAUUCGUUCGUCAGAGAGAAAAAAAAACUAGGCGAAUCGAAGCGUGGAAAUUCGCUGGAAAAUCGUUGUUUCUUGAUUGUUUUUUUUUUUUUUUUGCUAGAAACAAUUGAAUAGUUCGUGAGAACAAAGCAAUAUAGUGAAUUGCGUAGCUAUGGCAUGAUCCUGCGGGACCAAAAAAAGGAACUGUGCACGAUGAUGAGAAGAGAAGAAUGUUUUUUUAUUAUUAUUAUUUUUUUUCGUUUUUUUUUUUUUUUUUUACU